AUGUCUUCACCAAGGGUGCUUGAUUCAACCCUUAUCAAAGACUUAUCAAACCACAUCUACGAAAAACGAAAGGCAACAGCAUUUCAAGUUGAAUCGAUCACCAAGGCUGCCCUUGCGCGUAAUGAUAGCCAAACCAUCCUCAAAAUAAUCCAUGAACUUACAGAUCUUACACAAUUACAAUCAUCCACAUCGCUGAGUAGCUCUGCCUCAGUGACGGCGUCAAACUCGGCAAAAAUGGGUGCCAUUACCGCGUUGGGAAGUGUUUCCGUUGCACUCGGCUCUUUCGCAAUUGCCUUUUUUUUAAACGAUAUAGUUCGACCGAUCUUUGCAAUGUUUAAAGAUGUUGAUGCUCGUGUGAGGUACUAUGCUUGUGAAUCCUUGUAUAAUGUUGCCAAAAUAGCACGUGGUGAGAUUAUGCUUUAUUUCAAUGAGAUUUUUGAUGUAUUGUGCAUCUUGGUGAGCGAUACCGAGAGCUCGGUGAAGAAUGCUGCAGAUAUAUUGGAUAGAUUGAUUAAGGAUAUUGUUAGUGCCAAAGCUGUGAACUAUGUGAGUAUAUUAGAUGAAAUGAAAGAUGGUGGUAACGAAAACGAAAACGGAAAUGGUGACCAAACGGGAGGAAGAGGUGGCGCUGGUGGAAUUGGUGGUUUGGAUAACGAAUCAAGCAUGGGAUCAAGUGUACAAGAUGGAUUUGACUCCCAAUUCAUGUCAAAGCUAAUCAAUGGCCAAGAUUUCAAUACCAAUUGGGGUAAGCAAACUUCGUAUCUGGAGAGGUUGCCAUUGCCUAGUGGUUCAGACUCUGUUCGGUCGCAUUCCUUUGAUGCUCAGGGUAAUACAAUCCAAACAGUGCAGCCACAAGAACCUGCAAAAGCAUUUCAACUACCCAAGUUUAUUCCAGUCUUGUUGGAGAGAAUGUAUAUUGUUGACCCAUUCACCAAAAAAUUUUUACUUUCGUGGCUUGAACUAUUCAAUGAUAUUCCAAACCUUGAACUCAUACGAUUCUUGCCUACUUUUUUACUGCCACUAAUUAAAUUUAUGUUGAAUGGUGCGCCACAGGAUAUAAUAUUUGAAACGGAAAACUUGUUGGAUAUUUUUUUGAGAGAGAUUGCUGAAGUUGAAAGCGUAAAGUUGGAGAUGAAUAAGAAGUUGAGGAAUAUCGAGAAACACGCAACAAGCAGUGCAGAGCAGGGCAAAGGUGACGAAGAUGUCGAAUCUAUAAGGAACAAGGUUGAAUCUUUGAAUAUAAAGAAUAAGACAAACGAGAACGAGAAUGAGAACGCGAAUGAGAAUGAAAACGAGGACAAGGCGAAACAGUCGACUCAGGCAACUCAGAAAACUUUGAGUGGAAAAGAAAAUAACUUUACUAAUGGUACCUUUGAUGGUAAUGGUAAUAAUGACAACAACGAUAAUAUCGGCAAUGACGGGGGUGAUGGUCACAGUCACCACGGUCAUGACGAUGACGACGGUCACGAUGAUGAUGUUGAUGAUGGUAAUGGUGAUAAUGAUGCACUGAUUCUGCAAGAAGUGCCAUUCGGCCAUGAUAUCUACAUCGAUCACCAAGAAAUUAUCCAUAUCCUAUUAUCUUUUCUCCAAGGGUUUAGUCAAAACGGGAAUGGAAAUGGCGGUGGUUUAAGCGGAAAUAGCAUAAAAGGUAAAGGAGAACUUCCUGAUGAUUCAUACGAAACCAAAAGUAAAGUUCAACAUAUCUGUCUAAAAUGGCUACGCGAAUUAAUCAAUAUAGCCCCCAGAGCAAUAUUGAAGAGUUUUUCCGAUUGCGUUACAAUAAUAUUGCAAAAUAUCUCCUCUACUGAAGAGCUGCAAACCUAUGAAUUACGUGACCAGUUUCUUGGUUUUAGCUACGAACUACAAGCAUUUUUAAAUAAAUUUUAUACUGAUAUUCGGCUGUUGGAAAUAUUUGGAGUGACUGAGGAAUCCGAGACACUGUUUAAUGCAAAGCAGUUACCAGAUCUUUUAGCAAGUAUUCUGAAGAGGUUCCUCUCGCAAGGUUCAAACCACAGCAACGAGUUGUCAAAAGUCACAGCACUUGAUUGGUUUGUCUUUGUUUACGAAAGAGUGCCAACAGAGUUUCUCAAUUUUUUCCAAAACCAAGAUAAUGAGUUUGGCUUAACAGAUUUGUUAAAGUAUGAUGCAAGCGAUAAUGUAAUCCUCAAGGUAUUGCAACUCUUGGCGAAAGUCUCAGAAUCAAAUCAGGAAUUUUUUAGAGACUUUAUUGCCAAGCUUAUCAAACUAUUCCAAAGUGGUGGAUUUGACAAGAACCACAAGGUUGAUUUUAUUAUUCGAAAAUUGUGUCUUAGCUUGAACUCUGAAAUAAUCUUCACUACUCUUGCAGAGGUGCUUUUACUGGAAUACAAGAGUGACGAGUCACAUGAUUUAAACUACAUGGAGUUUGCAAAUAUGAUGAUCAUCACGUUAAAUAAUAUUUUGUUGACAUCUACUGAGCUUCGUUUGUUCCGCAGGAAAUUGAAAAGCAUUGAUUUGGCACUGGAGGAAAAUUGGAAUUUGUUUUCGACGCUAUUCAAAAGUUGGUGUUUUGACGCUUCAAGUGCCAUAUCCCUUUGUCUUCUCACUUCGAAUUAUUACUUGUCCCAUUUGGUUAUCAAGAGUUUGGCUGAUCUUGAAAUCACUUCACGACUCUUGCUUCAGUUGGAUGUGUUGAUCCAGUUGUUGGAGCUGCCCAUUUUUGUCAAACUUCGAUUACAGCUUUUGGACCCAUUACGUUAUAGUGACUUGUACAAGAGCUUAUAUGGAUUGUUAAUGAUUUUGCCACAAUCAACGACUUUCCAGAACUUGCGCAAUCGUGUCUCUACAAUAAGCGUGUUUCAUGAAAACUGUGGUUCUUAUUCUUCCUUCUCUGCUUCAUCAGAAGAACAACCAGCACUGGCAUCGUUAGAGAAUAAAUUACAAGAAAGACGAGACAAGGAAGAUAUAACGGCCAAAGUUAAGGAGAAGAGCCGUUCCUUGUUAGAGCAUUUUGAGGAAAUACAAGUCAAUUUUGAGGAACUUCAAAUAUAG